AUGGAGAAACCUACACCUACAUACGGAUCUAAGCAAGACUUUGAGAAGGCAGUGGCCGAGAUACAAACAAAGCUAGGCCAGGACUCAAUCAGCACAGACGAAGACGACCUGCACCAACAUGGGUAUUCCGAAUGGUCUUCCAUCAACGCAGACCGAUUACCCCUAGCCAUCGCAUAUCCGCAGUCCACGGAGGAAGUGUCCGAAAUCGCCAAAACCUGCCACAGGUUUCGAAUUCCCAUGAAUCCGUACUCGGGCGGGUCGAGUCUUGAAGCUAACUUUGCCGCUGCCCAUGGGGGCGUUACUAUCGACUUCGUGUUUAUGAAUCGGAUCGUGUCUGUCCAUGAAGAUGAUAUGGAUGUUGUUGUUCAACCCGCGCUCCAAUGGAUGGAGCUCAAUGAGAAACUUCAAUCAACCGGCCUUUUCUUUCCAGUCGACCCAGGACCAUCGGCUAUGAUUGGCGGCAUGGUGGGAACUAACUGUAGUGGGACUAACGCGGUUCACUAUGGGACUAUGAAGGAUUGGGUUAUCAACUUGACCGUUGUACUUGCUGAUGGCCGGAUAGUCAAAACACGACGGCGCCCCCGGAAGACCUCAGCCGGGUAUAACCUAACGGGGCUAUUUAUUGGCUCAGAAGGCACUUUGGGCUUGGUCACUGAGGUCACCUUGAAGCUUUGCCCUAUCCCGGAAUACACUCGAGUUGGGGUUGUAACGUUCCCCGACAUCGGGAACGCGGCCACGGCGGCGAUGGAAGUUAUUCGGAAGGGGAUACAGAUACAGUGUAUUGAGCUCAUGGAUGAGGUUCAGAUGAAUGUUGUGAAUCGGGCUGGUGGGACGUCGCGGGUUUGGAAAGAGUCGCCGACGCUGUUCUUCAAGUUUUCGGGGACAUCUGGAAAUGUUGCAGACAGUGCCAAGCUGGCGGAGGAGGCUAUUCAGCCCUACGCGGACACGUUCGAGUUUGCAAAAGAUGACGAUGAGGCCCGCAAGCUUUGGUCGGCACGCAAAGAAUCCCUGUGGAGUAUGAUUGCUUUGGGAAACGAAGGCUCCAGCGUCUGGACCACAGACGUUGCCGUGCCCAUAUCGAGGUUGAAGGAUAUCAUUGAACUAUCUAAAAAGGAGAUGGAAGAUUUGAAUGUCUUCGCUGGAAUUAUUGGCCAUAUUGGAGACGGCAACUUCCAUGGAAUAAUCUUGCACGACAAGAAUGAACCCGAUGAACGAAGACGAGUUGAGCAAUGUGUUCACAAUAUGGUUAGGCGGGCACUGGACAUGGAUGGAACAUGCACGGGAGAACAUGGGAUUGGCAUAGGAAAGAAGGACUUUUUGCUUCAAGAGCUCGGACUAGAUACUGUAAAUGUAAUGCGGGACAUCAAGCUUGCUCUGGACCCUCGUUGUUUGUUAAAUCCAGGGAAGAUUUUCAAUUAG